AUGCAAGCUGGAGAAGAUGCCGCCGCCAGGCUGCAGCCGCCGCAGCAGCAGCAGCAGGAGCAGCAGGGGCUGGGGCAGCAACAGUUUUCUGCUUCAACGAGAAGCUCGGCACUGACACUAGCAGCAGCCACCCCACAGGGGGAGAUACAGCAGCAGCAGCAGCAGCAGACACAGCCGCAACAGCAACUGCUGCAGCAGGUACAGCCGGUGCCGGAGGAGCAGCACGCACGGGCGCUGCAGCAGGAACAGCAGCUGCAGCAACAGCAACAACAAGAGCAAAUGCAACAUAUGCAGCGACAACAGCAGCAGCAAACACAGCACCCGCAGGAGGAGCAGCACCAGCCUGUACAGCAGCAACAGAAGCAGCACGAGCAGCAGCAGAAGCAGCAGCAGAAGCAGCAGCAGCAGCAGCAGCAGCAGCAAGAUCCUGGCUGGUGGGGUGUAUUGACCUGGAAUGUAGCGGGGUGGCGUUCUGCUGUCUCUGCAUUGAGGCGGGAUUGGGGCUCUCUUGAGAAUUUCCUCCAGCGCAUGCACUGCGACGUCAUCUGUUACAGCGGGGUGACGACGAUUGUGCGGCAGGGCCUGACGCUUAGAGCGGAUUCGCAGCCCUUUAGCCGUUUCCUUCCCCCUUUACAGCCAACGGCAGCAGCAGCAGCAACAGCAGCAGCAACCGCAGCAGCAACAGCAGUGCAAGCAGCAGGCAGCACAGAGGUGAGGUUGUGCUCAGCGGAGUCCCCAGAAGGGGCGUCAGCGGCAGAGGCAGCAGCAGCAGAAAAAACAAAAGAAGACGCGGCAGCAGCAAUCAACGCUGGAGAAGGUGCAGGAGCAGCAGCAGCAGCAGCAGCAGAAGCAGCAGCACCAGAUGCAGAAACAGCAGCAGCAGUGGAUUUGUUUGGUUUGUUGAAUCGCGGCUUUCCCCGCACUUUAGGCGGCCCGGGUUUUCGCUGGAGGCCGCUCAAAGGCAGCAGCAGCACCACUGCAGCAGCAGCAGCAGCAGCAGCAGCAGCAGGAGGGGGGGGCCCUCAUGCAAAUCUAGAUGAAGAGGGGAGGGCCUUGCUGACUGAGCACUCCGGGUGUAUUAUCGUGAAUGUCUAUACACCGGCCAGCGGCCUCUGCUGGAGUCGCUUGGCGUUCAAGCUGCACUUUCUGCAUGCACUGCGAGCUCUCCUUAUACAACAGAGGCUGCUGCGCGGCAAGCCGGUGUUGUUGUUGGGGGAUUUAAAUGCAACAACCAACUGCAAAGAUGUCUCUCUGCUCGAUGCAGUAAUAAACAUUAGAGACCUCUGGCCCGCCCCACACCCAGAAGCAGCAACAGCAGCAGCAACAGCAACAGCAGCAGCAGCAGCAGCAGGGGAAUGGAAGGCUUGCCCAGCUUUGUCUCCUGCGCUGCAGCGGAAGUUGCAGACAGGAGGGCCCCACAUUGAGCGCCUGCUGAGAGACCCUCAGUACUACGCAGUGCAGCUCUCGCAAGCAGCAGCCCCUAAACAGCAGCAGCAGCAGCAACAGCAGCAGCAGCAGCAGCAGCAGCGGCAGCAGGCUGGGAGAAGGCGUCAGGGGUCUUAUCGCUUUUUGCUCAAGCCGCCGGGCCUACGACCGAAGCAAUUGGGGCGACCUUUCGACAGCGAGAUCGAAGCGCGCAUGCAUCUGUCGUUGUGCGCCUGGGAGGUGCCCGUAACGCCUUCCAGCAUUGCUGGGAUCCCAACUUCACCGCAGCCCGUCGCGGAGUCGAUCCCGGGAUCGUCUCCGGGAUCGACUCCGGGAUCGGGAUCGUCUCCACGAUCGUCUCUAGAAUCAUCGUUGGGGUCGACAGCGGGGUCGACUGUGGGGUCGUCUCUGGGAUCGUCUACGGGAUCGUCUCAGGGACCGAGUGUGGGGUCGUCUCAGGGAUCGACUCUGGGAUCGACUGUGGGAUCGUGUGUGGGAUCGUCUGUGGGGUCUUGCGAGGGAUCACCUGGCUGCAGCAGCGCAGACUGGAAGAAGGAAGCGUUUACCUUCCGCUUUGCGGUGAAAGUGCAGCAAGGAGAACGGGAAGGCGAGACAGUGGAGUGCAGCUACACAUACACCGUAGGACCCCUCAUUCGUACACAACCAGCAGCAGCAGCCGCAGCAGCAGCAGCAGCUGCGGCAGCAGCAGCAGCAGCUGCGGCAGCAGCAGCUGCAGCAGCAGCAGCAGCAGUAGGAGAUGGAGUAGUAGCAGCAGCAGGAGCUGCAGUAGUAGCAGCAGCAGGAGUUGCAGGAGGAGGAGGAGCAGCAGCAGUAGUAGAAGAAGCAGCAACAGCAGCAGCAGCAGGUGCAUGCAGUGCUGCAGUCACUGAUAUGCCGCUAACACACGAAGAAAUAUUUCAGCUGUACGUACACCUCGGGCGCCCCAGCCAUUCGUCUUGCGUAGUUAACUUCAUGCAGAGUCUUUUAAGUGAAGACGGAAUGAUAGACAGUUUUGCUGCUGCAUGCAGCAGCAGCAGCAGCAGCAGCACUAACAGCAACGGCAGCAACAACAACAGCAGCAGCAACAGUAACAACAAAUGCAUCAAGAACGACAACGCCAGCAGCAGCAGCAACAACAAUAGCAGCAGCAGCAGCAGCAACAGCAGCAGCAGCAGCAGCAGCAACAGCAGCAGCAGCUCGUUGUCAUGGGUUGCGCAGGUGCAGCAGCAACAGCAGCAGCAGCAGCAGCAGUUGUCUUUAGAAGCAUAUAAAAGAGCAGCAAGAGCUGCACUUCUGCGCGCAACAGGAGAAGGGCUUUGGGCGGGGGCCCCACGAGAAGGCGGCGGGUUGCAUGCAGGUGUUGCUUCGUGGCUGCUGCAUGCAGGAGCAGCAGAAGUGCAGCAGCAGCUGCAGCAGCGCAUGCACUUAAAUCCUUCAAGCUCAGGCCUUGUCUAUUUGUCACCCCUCUACAGCGAUCAUAUUCCAGUCAGGUCCUCACAAAAUAAACACCUUGAGCAGCAGCCGCAGCACUUUCAAGCGCAGCAGCAGCGGCCGGGGCAGCGGCAGCAGCAAGAGCAGCAGCAGCAAAUGCACAAGCAGCAGCAGCAGCAACAGCAGCAGCAGCAGCAGCGGGAAACAAAAGACAAAGGAAAGGGGACAGACAGAUUUGCGGAGCUACUUCCGUCCUUGAGACUGUUAGCUGCCUAUACACUCCAAAUUAUAUCAACGUGA